GUUAGGAUUACUGUGCUUGUACUCUUCCUCCUUUAAUCUCUCACUUCCCCACUUCCGCCCUUAAUCUCUCGUUUUUUACCUUCAUGGUUCUCUUCUUUGUCGCCUUCUAAUCAGCUUCUUCUGUGAUGAUAAAAAUACCAAAAUUUGAGAGAGGGGAGAAUCGGAGAGAAAAAGCAGAAACGGAGGCGCUUCUGCUUGACCCAUUUGGAUUCUCGGGAUCCUCUUCUGGUAAUUUACCCCUUUUCACCCUUUCUAUUGCAUUUGCUUCCAUCUGACUCAAUUCUGAUUCGCGUAUGCUUGUGCUCAUCACGAUGAUUCUCUGAUAAUAUUCCCUUUCCCUAGAGAGAGAGAGAGGUGUGGAUUGCAUUUUUUACUGGGAAAUUUAUCCCCUUCCUUGGGUUGGGGUGGAGGGAUCGCGUCGACCCGCUAGGUUUUAGCCAUUCAAUUUGCCCCCCCUUUUUUUCCGCUUCUUUUGAGAUACACAAUUGAUCCGAAGCACACUGUAUUUUCUGGGAGCCUUCAAAGUUCGAUUCGUUUCUGCUGGUUGUAGUUUGAAUCUGGCAACUUUUAUUUUCGCUGCUGGAUUUGACAUUGGAACCCCAGAAACCUAGAAUUGAGCAUUGUGAAGCUUCACUUCUUAAUUGUCUGGGUGAUCUCGGCCUGACUGAUUUUCCCCUCGUGAUUAUUGGCAAGCUUAUGUGUUAUCUUAGCCUGUUGUGCCUAAAGAUACUGAUGUUUCCUGUUGCAUCGUUGGUGGAGGUGAGAAUGUGGUUACUUCUGUGAUCUUGGGUGCAUCUCUGAUUAGCUUGAAAGUUGAGAAGCUGGUUAUCUGGUUAUAAAUCGGGUUGGAUAAAUUAAUAUCCGAUGCAAGGUAACAGAAGGACUCUUGGCUCCUUUCCAGCGAUUGUAAGUAUGUUGCAGGAGCCUAGUUCUAGUGGCUCUGAUAUGGAUCCGCAGACUUCCUUGAAUCACAUGCAAAAUCCAGUUGAUGCUCGGCUGUCAGAUUUUCUGGGAUCCUCUGGUGAGAAUGCAUGUUUAUGCACUAGUGAUCCUGAUGUUCAGAACUUUGGUGGAUGGAAUGCUGGUGAACCUAGUUCUAGUGUGAAUCUUCAUAGUCAAGUCAAUAAUGAUGGGCUAAAAGCUGAACAUGGUUGGUCUUCUUCAUGUGGUGUUUCUACUGAGGAUGUUCUAAGAACAGAAGAACGGCAGUUUGAUCCAAAUAAUGUAACUUUCCCUGGCAGCUCAAAUACUGACUUACGUGGAAAUCAAUCCAGAGUUCAGCCUUUCUUCUUGCAAGGUUCCAGCUCCAAUCAUAGAACCCAGAAUGCGGCUUUAAAUAUGGGUUCCAUUGCCAGCCCUGCUAAUCAUGGGAAAGGAACAGAACCUUGUAGCAGUGAUAGUAUUCACAAUACAUAUGGAUUCACUAGUAAGCAUACAUCAUUUGGUAGUGCUUCCUGUGAUCAUGUAGGAACUUCAUCUGGAAGCUCUGGUUACAUUGUUGGGGGAGAUAAUGAUAAUUCAAGCUCUUCUUUAGUUAAUUGGGGUUCUUCCUGCAAGAGAAAGGCUCUUGAAAGUACUUCUGGGCAGCUGUGUACUGGAGGAAGUUCAAGCUCUUUUCUAGAAGCUGAAAGCAGUUGCUGGCCUACUGGGACUUUCAAUUCUAAUAAUGCUUCCAGCAGUUUAAAUGUGUCUAGACCUUCUGAGAAUGUUCUUGUUACUAAUCCUCCAGUAGAGCAGGAUCCAAGAAAUGAGAUGAGGCAACUAGCUUCUGAUGCAUUCCCUUUGAUAGGAGUUAUGGGAAAUGUGAACAGGCCCUUGAGAAACUUUGACAGGAGGAUGAAUUAUCCACAACGACAGGAAUCUAGGCAUUCUAAUCAUUCUUCUUCCCGCCAAAGACCUACCUCUCACCCAUUUAAUGAUUCUCUAGAGCUAAGGUUAACAGCUGGAGUUACAGCAGCCAGUUCUGGCGCUCCUCAGUGUCAGUCACAUUUUACGCACAUCCCUGGUUUGCCAGGGAACACACAUCCUUUUCCUUGGAGUGGAGCUUCUAGUUCAAGAGGAGCCGGUUCAUCUACUUCUUAUAACUCUGCAGAAAGGGAAGUUCGUGAAGAAUUGAACUUUAGAAUUUUUCCAAGAGACAAUACAGAGCACCCCAUCCUUGCACCUUCAUCUUCUGGACUUGAUCCUACAAGUUGGCAUGUAUCAUCUGGUAAUGUGAACAAUUCUGGAAGUGUACCUCCUGCAUCUUGGAUUGGACCCAGUUCAAGUGUCAAUUCAUUAACUAAUCCGAGCUGGAUUGUUCCCCAUGAAGUUCCAACACAGAGCCAGCAAAGAUUAUCAGAGUUCAGUCCCUGGUCCUUUUUUCCAUCAAUGAACUCAGUAUCUGGCGUUCAUAAUGUUCAUUCUGCCUCAUCUUCUACUUCUUCCGGCCCUCCUUCCUUUAUUCCAGACAUGGGCAACCAUCAAUCAUAUCCAAGAUUAGCAUCAUUGAUGGAGAGAAGAGGUGAUGAAGUUCUUAAUGCACCCCAUUCAUUGCGGGCUUUAGCUGUUGACAUUGAGGGGAGACGACGAUUGAUAUCUGAGAUUCGCCAAGUCUUAAGUGCAAUGCGCAGGGGUGAGAACUUACGAGCUGAGGAUUAUAUGCUCUUUGACCCGUUCAUAUAUCAUGGUAUGGCUGAACUUCAUGAUAGGCACAGGGACAUGCGCCUUGAUGUUGAUAACAUGUCUUAUGAGGAAUUGCUGGCAUUGGAGGAGCGCAUUGGAGAUGUGAGCACUGGAUUGAGUGAGGAUACCAUUAUGAAGUUGAUGAAACAUCGGAUCUACGUGUCUGUAAUGGCCGAGCCUUCAACAGAUCUCGAACCUUGUUGUAUCUGUCAGGAGGAAUACACUGAUGGGGAGGAUGUAGCCUCACUAGAUUGUGAACAUGAAUUCCACACCAACUGCAUCAAGAAGUGGCUAAAGCAGAAGAACCUGUGCCCCAUUUGCAAAACAACGGCCUUAGCAACAUGAUGUAGAAUCUCUAUCAUUUGGACCUAAAAGAACUGUCAUAUCAUGCCUUUAGACCUUAGCUUUGUUUCAUUUGAUGAACUUGCUGCCGCUUAUUGAAGGAGACUGGAAUUGUCCAUAUGUGGAUAGGAAAGGAAACUCAAUUAAAAAAAAAAGGGGUAAAAAAAGACAAAGGGAGUAAAGAAAUUGGUGUUUUGAGUAAUACGGGAGUUCUAUAUAUACUUUUUAAUGGAUAAUUACAGUUAAUUUAUGAUAUAAGAACCCUUGAACUUUAUCUCAA